ACACCUCCUCUUGUUCAGCACCCAAAGUCGAAGGAUAGCUCUGGCCUUUCAAUUGAAGAAAGUGCUAGAUUUUGUCGGUGUUGUAUAAUAUAACCAAUUCUCAGUGUCCAUAUUUGUUUUGGAGCGAUCGGAAUUGUCUUUAUUUAACGUGAGAGACAGAACUGGCGUCAAACAUGCGUAAAAAUCAACGCUGUCCAAGCAGGGAACCGCCGAGAAAGGAAUUAUCGCCGCUCUUCUGAGGCCAAUCUCGAUUAUUAUUAUUAUUAUUAUAUUUUUUGGUCAAAUAAGGAAACACCACACAGCCAGCUAGCUCACGUUAGCUCCGUAGACAGCCCGGUCACCGACACAUCUUCACACGGAGGCAGAAUCCAAGCAGAUACUCAAGAUUGGAUCGACAUUCACAGCAGCAGGAAAACCUGUAGGCAGCAAUGGGUGCAUUCCUGGACAAGCCGAAGACGGAGAAGCAUAGUGCCCAUGGUGAGGGUAAUGGACUGCGCUAUGGCCUGAGCUCCAUGCAGGGCUGGCGGGUGGAGAUGGAGGAUGCCCACACAGCCGUGGUGGGCCUCCCCCAUGGACUCGCCGACUGGUCCUUCUUUGCUGUCUACGAUGGCCACGCAGGCUCCCGGGUGGCCAACUACUGCUCCGGCCACUUGCUGGAACACAUCUUGUCAGGAGGGGCUGACUUCAGUUCAGGACCCGGCUCCGUGGAGGGCGUGAAAGACGGCAUCCGCUCGGGCUUCCUGAACAUUGAUGAGUACAUGCGCAGCUUCUCUGACCUGCGGCAGGGCCUGGACCGCAGCGGAUCAACAGCCGUGUGCGUGUUGCUCAGCCCGACCCACCUCUACUUCAUUAACUGCGGCGACUCGCGGGCCGUGCUGAGUCGAGACACCAAGGUGGGCUUCUCCACCCAGGACCACAAGCCCUGCAACCCCCGUGAAAAGGAGCGCAUCCAGAACGCAGGCGGCUCAGUCAUGAUCCAGAGGGUAAACGGCUCCCUGGCUGUGUCCCGGGCCCUGGGGGACUACGACUACAAAUGUGUGGAUGGUAAGGGCCCCACGGAGCAGCUGGUGAGCCCUGAGCCCGAGGUGUGCGUAUUGGAGCGAGCCGCCGAAGGAGACGAGUUUGUGGUGCUGGCAUGCGAUGGAAUCUGGGAUGUCAUGUCCAACGAGGAGCUGUGUGAGUUUGUCCGCUCACGACUCCUGGUGUGUGACGACCUGGAGAAGGUCUGUAACUCAGUGGUGGACACCUGUCUGCACAAGGGGAGCAGGGACAACAUGAGUGUGGUGUUGGUGUGUUUUCCCGGAGCUCCCAAGAUCUCAGAGGAGGCUGUGAAGAAAGAAGAGGAAUUGGAUAAAUACCUGGAGACCCGUGUUGAGGAGCUACUGGCAACCUGUGGGGAGGCUGGAGUCCCUGACCUGGUGUCUGUCCUGAGGAGCAUUGCCACAGAGAACAUCCCCAACCUUCCACCUGGUGGAGGCCUGGCCAGCAAACGGAGUGUGAUCGAGGCGGUGUACAACAAGCUGAAUCCUCACAGAGAAGAGGAAGGGGCCUGUGCGGGGGGAGAGGAGGAGAGUGAGGAGGGAGGUGGCAGCACGGCGGCUCAUCUGCUGGAGGCUCUGCGGCAGUUCCGCCUGCACCACCGGGGGCAGUACCGCACGGUGCUGGAGGAGUCCCUGGCCGCCAGAGGGGAGCAGGGGAGGGCAGGAGAAUUAGAGGACGACGGCGAUAGACAACGACGACCAGCCGAGCAGACCGCUCCCCCUCCCUCUCCCCCUUUCGCCCCAGCCUCCCCCGCCACUGCCGAGUCGGAGGGCAGCCAAGAUGCGCCCGCCCCCGAGUCCAAUCCCUCCUCUGACUGAGCGCUCUGUCCGCAUACCCAACCCACCCAUCCGACCCCAGAGCUCUAGUCAGAUGUGCUAUGACCUCUCCUCCUCUUUCCUUCAUCACAGAACUUGAAUGGACAUAUCGGCCACUUCCUGCUCUAUCAAUAGUCUGCCAUUGCCAUUCAUUAAUAUUUUAUUAAUGCAGUGGAAAUAAAAAUUGGCCCUUCUGUCUAUUCAAAC